UUCUUCUAGCUAUAAUCUGAAGACAAUUUCUCUUCAUAAUUUUGAAACAGAUGAUUUUAAAGGUGGCUAUUAUACAUGUGUAACUUUACCCAGACUGUCCUCUGAUCCACUAUCUCAAUGUGCAACUAUGUCCUUUUUUAAUUAUUAUUUUGCUAUACUGCCUUUAUCCAAUAUAUAUGGAACAUCAACCUUAGAUGAAAAUCAUGAAUAUACUGAAUUAUUUGGUGACAAUGUCAAAUUUAAAUCUGAAAAUACAUUGAAUGAUAACAUAAAAGAUGUGAUAGACAAAUCAUGCUUCCACCUACCAUCAUCGAUUAUUAUAAAUGUUAAACAAGUGGUUGCCAAAUUAACCAAUAUAUUGGAUUUCUCCUUUUUGCAUGGAUAUUAUGAGCCAACUUUGUUAAUUUUAUAUGAACCAUUUCAAACAUGGGCAGGAAAGGUAACCACUCGGCAAGAGUCAGUAUGCAUGAUAGCUUUGUCCAUCAAUUUGUAUCAAAGGGUUUAUCCUAUCAUAUGGUCUAUGAGCGAUUUACCUUACGAUUGCCUCAGAGCCGUUCCAGUGCCAAAACCUCUAGGUGGCGUCUUAAUCCUAGCUACUAAUUCAUUGCUCUACCUCAAUCAGCGCAAAAGUGUACCCAUAUGGACUCGAGCUCUCAAUAAAUUAGCCCCCAGCUCGCUCACUAAUGGUAUCCCUUCCUAUUCAUCUAACCCCGUAGAUCAUGAUACUCUGAGCCUAAAAUUACAGCAUGAUUCGUGUCAUGCCGUCUUUUACGAGCCUUAUAAAGUUGUGGUAGCCGCUAGCGAAGGAUAUUUUUUUGUGAUAGAUAUGAGGGAGAGAUCAGCUAACCACACAAUACAUCAUCGGAUAAAUAUGGUGAUGACAGAUGUCAAGCCCAUAGCUAGUGAUAUGUGUUUUUGUGGUCCGGGCUUAAUUUUCAUAGCUUCUCACAUUUCGGAUAGCUUCCUUUUAAAGGUAAAAAAUGAUUUAUCAAGCGAUUCAUCUGCCCAUGAUAAGGAUAACAUGAAUAAUCAUCCAAUUGAUGGCACGCAUAAUAAUAUUUACAAUGGAGACGCGAAGAGGAUCAAAUUAACGACCGGGAAUGACGAUGCUAAUCCGACUCAUGCCAAUCAUUUCUCAUACCGAUUCCAAAUAUGCGAUAAUAUAAUCAAUGUCGGCCCAUGUUCUCAUUCCUCUCUGGGUCAACCCAUUAUAAACGGGGAAGAUUUUGUCGGCGAUGGUCAAAAGGAAGAAUCUCACACCUAUAAUGAUCCAGAUUUAGAAUUGAUCGUCACUUCCGGAAAAGAAGAGACUGGGGCUCUUACCUUAAUGCAGCGAUCGAUCAUACCUCAAUUGAUUACCACGUUUCAUCUGCCUGGCAUUAUCAACUUGUGGACUUUAAAUAGUGUAUCUCUCGAAUUUGAUGCAUAUCCAGAUGAAUUUGAUCACCUAAACGAAUUACCGAACAAGCUUAAGAAAGAUCAAAAUUACAAUUCCUUUUUACUAUUGUCGAUGAAAGAAUCCUCAUUAAUAUUAAAAACUGGUCUCGAAAUCACGGAGUUGGAAAGCAGCGGUUUCAAUACUCACGCGCAAACCUUGAUCGCUGGAAAUUUUAACGUUUUGAACACAAACGGCCAAAAAGUGUGCUACAUUGUGCAGGUUACUCCCUUCGAUGCCAGGCUUCUUUUGGGAGAUAUUUUGAUACAAAACUUGUCCUUUGACGCCCUCCAAAUACCUGGGAGUCCCAUAGUUUCCGCAUAUAUAUGCGAUCCUUACAUACUGUUGUUAGGUGAGAGCAGUCAAUUGACCUUGCUUACCCUGAAUCACAGAACCAUAGAGGUAUCGGAACACCCCUGCCUUCAAGUUAUCAAUGAGUCGGCUUCCAAAGUAUAUCAGAAACCUCCCAUAAUUGCCCUUUGCUUGCACCGAGAUCAUUCCGAUAUUUUUUUGUAUCACGACAAACCCGAAACCUAUAUGAACGACGCUAGCCAAAAUAAGGAUAUUCUCUCUAAGACCCAAGCGAACACCGAUAAAUCUAAAAAUAAUAUGGCGGCUAGUAACGCGGAACCGUCCAAAAAAUACGCAAAAACCGCCGAUAAAAGUGUCCACGAGGCAAAAAAAUUAUCGAGUUUGCCACGCAUCAAGAUUGAAAAAGAUCUCGAACCGAAGCCUAAGGUAAAUGAAGAAUAUAUGGACGAAGAUGAGUUGCUGUACGGAACCAAAUUAGUGCCGGAAGAAAUUACUAAAGGUUCAGAAAUAAAAAAGGAACAGAUUCGCGAAGAUUUCUUAAUUAACGAUCUCCAAGACGAUAUUUUUAACGAUGAAUCGAAUCUUAAAUCUUUCGUUGAAUGUUACAAUACGACCUCAAAACAAAAGCCCUAUCAAAAUCCUACCUUUUGGGCCUUAGUUUCUAGGAUGAAUGGACAGUUAGAAAUAUACAGUGUCCCCUCUUUUGUACUCAGGUAUCACAUUCAUAAUUUUCACCUCAAAAUGGAUAUCUUAAGCGAUGAGGAUCUCUUCAAUCGUGAAACCAGGGCGAAUAAGUAUGAAGAGCUAUCACGGAAAAGGGGUAAAAGAGGCGAUAGACAAUUGCAAUCCGAUGACGAUACUAAACAAAAUUUGCUGGAUUCGUAUCUCGUGAGAGAAAUAUCGGUGGUGAAUAUAAAAUAUAAAAGGCCGGUAGUAUCCCAGAAGUCAGAGGGAUACCCUUUAAACGAAGAAGACGAUUGGUCUAACCCUAAUUCUGAAGAAUCUUAUACCACGAUAGUCAAACCCUACCUAUUAGCCCUUAUCAACGAAACGUUAGUUAUUUAUCAAAUCUACCCUUAUCCUAACCCUAACAAUAAUUCGAAAAAUGGAGUCACUAUUAACGCGCGCGAUGAUGGCCAUUUAGAAAUGGGGAAGCAUGAUUCAAUAAGCAAUAUAUUGAUCAAUUCCGAUAUUCGUCAAUUAUCUAAACGAUUAAAUUUGCGAUUCAGAAAAAUCGAACAUAAUAUGUUAUUGGGAGAACGAAAAGCCGCGAAAUCUCUGCCUAAAAAGGACGCGUUCUACCGUUUAUCUAACGUUUUAAGAUCUACUCCAUCUAUACGAAAUUACGAUAAUAUCAAUUCCACACAAGGGAUAUUUAUACAAGGCCUCCUGCCUCAAUGGAUAAUCCCCGGCCAGCACGGAGACCUUAAAAUACACCCCAUGGCUAUAGACGGACCCAUCUACGCGUUCACGCCUUUUCACAACGUUAAUUGUCAUCGGGGCUUUUUGUAUUUUAAUCACAAGGACGAACUUAGAGUCUGCUUGCUGCCUACUCACCUUAAAUACGAUCAAGAUUGGCUGACCAGAAAAAUCCCAAUAGGAGCCACAGUUCAUUUCGUAGAAUUUCACAUCAAAAUGAAGGUGUACGUCCUUAUAACCAGUCGCAGGACCCGAGCCACACGAUUAGUUAAGCACCUCGCUUCUAAUUACCGCGAUCAACGCCCACUCAUGUUAGACGAUGGUCUACUACACCCAGAGAUGGAUCAACAGCAACUAACGACUGAAGAUUUUUUAUCGGGGGAGGAAAAGGAAAUAGAAGAUAUCGAUUCAGAUCCUUAUUUUCCGGCCCCACCAUUAGACGAAUUCUCGGUCGAUUUAGUCUGCCCCGGUAGCUGGGAGAUGGUCCCUUCCGCUAGGUUAGACAUAGAUUCCGAAUGGGAACGAAUAACAAGUUUCAAACAGGUGUCCCUGAUAUCCCAGGGAUCGAUAACUGGAUUUAAGGAUUUUUUAGUCGUAGGUACCUCUUGCGUUUAUGGCGAAGAUAUGACGUGCCGCGGACGGUUGUUCAUAUUAGACAUCAUAGAAGUAGUUCCAGAACCCGGACAACCUUUGACGAAGUACAAAAUAAAAGUCGUAUGUUCGAACGAGCAAAAGGGGCCCGUUCUAGCGUUAGCCGCCAUUUCCGGAAAUUUAGUGACCGUUAUUGGGCAGAAAAUUUACAUAUGGGCCCUGAACAAAAGCGACGAUCUCGUGGGACUGGCCUUUAUAGACACCUCAUUUUGCGUUCACACGAUCGCUAUCGUCAAAAAUCUGAUAAUAAUAGGCGACCUGCAUAAAAGUGUCACCUUCCUUCGCUACGACACCGACACCAAAUCUAUUUCCAUUGCAAGCAGGGAAUACUCUCAUUUAUCAGUAUACGGUAUACAAUUCAUUGUCGAUAAUGAAAAAUUGGGAUUCAUCGCCUCCGACAGACAAAAAAAUAUAGCCAUAUUCGCUUACCAACCUCAAGUUAGGGAGAGUUACGGCGGCCAAAAACUAGUUAGGAAAGGGGAUAUAAACGUUGGAACAUUCAUUUCUUCCUUUUUCCGGAUUUUUUGCAAACGGAAGGAUCCAACGUCCGAUAAGAAACCCAGUUUAGCCCUGGAAAGGAGACAAGCCACCUUUUUUGUGGGACUUGAUGGCAGGAUAGGAUAUCUCUUACCCAUAAGCGAAAAAUUGUACAGGAGAUUAUUGAUGGUUCAAAGCUUUUUAGAUUCAAAUACUUUUUACAGAGCUGGGCUAAAUCCAAAAUUAGCCAGGGGCUUCCAAUUUUCGCGCCAACAAUUGGUCAAUCCCGCCAAAAGUAUAUUAGACGGUAACCUACUAUUUCAAUUUUUGCAUAUGAACGCCCUUCAGCAAGAAUUAGUGGUUAAAAAUGUCGGCGUUUCUUUGGAUCAAAUUAUAGACGAUUUCCUGGAAAUCGAUAGAACUACCAGUCAUUUGUAAAUAUAAUUAAACUUUUUUAUAUACCUUGAAUUAUAAUAUUAUUA